ACAGAAAUCUUGAAAAGCCUUGAACCUUUCGCGGCGAACCCUCGCGAGGCUACGAUACCAUCACCUCAUGAGGAUACCUUCGGAUGGAUCUGGACCGAGAAGAAACACAAUUUCGUCAAUUGGCUAGAGAAAAGUCACAACGGCGUUUAUUGGAUAACAGGGCGGCCAGGGUCUGGAAAAUCAACAUUGAUGAAAUUCAUCGUCAAUGAUGAACGCACACAAAAAUGCAUAGCAACAGAAGCGGGUGUUUUAGCCUACAAGCUAUUAUGUUACUAUUUUUACGACAUGAGCGAGCUGUCCACACCGCAAGAAAGAAGUCUUGAUGGGUUACUCCAUUACAUUCUUUACCAACUCCUGAGCUCCUUCCCUAAUUUGCAGAGGAAAAUUUCCAACCUCUUUACUCAACAGGUGCUACCUCGUUGUUGCGGUACCUCUGGAAAUUUGACCUCGCCAUGGUCCCUCGAACAUCUGAAAGAUUCUCUUAUGAAAAUUUCGGAGCAGAAGUAUGUGCAUGGGAGAAUUUGCUUAUUUGUCGAUGGCUUCGAUGAAUGUCAGGGAGAUUCUGGCCAAACCCUCGGCUUUGUGCUUUCUUGGCUUGGCAAGAUGCAGGCGAGCGGGCUCAAGGUCAAAAUUUGUAUUGCAAGUCGAUAUAUCCAUGACAUAAUGGGACGUUUGAAACCGUCUCUUCAACGACCCUCGCUAGAACUCCAUGAGUGGACGAGGGACGAUAUCCAGAAGUAUGUCCAAGACCACCUCAACGACGCAGUGAGGAGAUCAAUCUCAUUGAGCUCUAAGAGCCACAGGAUCUUUGGGGAUCAGCUCGUUUCAAAUAUAGUCGGAAACGCAGAGGGGGUUUUCAUUUGGGCCAAGCUUGUUGUCGCUGAUCUGGAAUCGGGUCUGGAAGAAUGCCAAGAGGAAUCACAACUUCAAUCACGUCUCAAAGCGCUCCCUCCUGAACUCGAAAAUCUAUACGAGCAUAUCAUCAGCGAGAUACCGGUAAGAGACCUCCAUGCGGUAUUCAAAUACUUCCGUCUUCUCCUCCGUGCUCCUGGC